AUGUUUCAAAUUAAUUGUGAAGAAAAGCUUCCAGAUCAGAACAACCAAAAUGAAGAUAUUGGCUUUCAUAUUCAACAAGAGAACGUUUGGUUAUCUAGCUCUCAAAAUGAGGAUAUUAAUCAAGCUAUUCCUGAACCUCUUGAUGAAAGUGAAAACGAUAAAAGUUAUAAUGAUUCUAAAAUAAUAGGACAUCCAUGUAGAUGGGAAGAAGAAUCAACUAAAAUCUUGCUCGCUUAUCUGAAAGAAAAUAAUGAAAAAGUUUUACUACUAGAAAGUCGUGGUAUAACAGCUAAUAGAAAACUUUGGUGUAAAUCAGAAGUCGAAGAAAUUCUUGGUAAAAUUAGAUUCCAAGAGCCUUGA